CUUCCUCUUGCUACGACGUAUGAAUUCAUCUACAGCUAUCAAGAUGUAGAUGAGGAUAUCACGCUGGGACUCAAGAGUAUGGCAGUGAAGUAUAGGCAUUCUGGCCGACGAGUGCUUAUUGCUCUCUCCCUCUUAUACACAGGCCUUCUACUUGCGAGCGGCGUAACUGCCGCCCUUGGGCCGUAUUAUUUUACAGGGGCAGCUUGCUCGGCUAUGACAGUGCUUUUGUCAACCGCUCUGGUUGACCUCGAGUCCCCUCCCAGCUGCGGCGCGUGUUUUCUGUAUGGAUUUGUCGCUGCGAGCGCAGGCUUGGCUUCGGGUGUGUAUACGGAGUACGCUUGGUGAAUCUGAUGUUCUGCGGGCAGUGAAGC